UUGAAAGAAACAUAAAUGAUCCCAACCACCCAGGCAGAUUAUUCAAUUCUAAAGCAUCUAAAAAGCAAAACCCUUCAGCAGCCUGUUCGAGUAUUAUCUCAUCAAUCCUAUCAAUCUGCUUCAAUAAUAUACUGGAAGGUGUUCUUUCAAAAACCAUUGCGCCUCUUCAGAAUCUUGGCACUCCUUCAUCGAAAAAGACCCCAAAAUUCCUCUUCCAACUAUUUUCUUCCCCUUUUCCAAAACGGGGAACCGAUAUCAAAUGUGGCUUGUACGAUGUGGUUAUCGUCGAUCUACUUCAACAGCAUUGAGUGCGUAGAUUUUGAAUCACGGACAAGCAAUCUCCUUCGACUUCUACAUUCAGAAAACCCAUUUGUGCUCCUGUCAAAACCGCCUAGAAGCAAGCCAUCACAUCUGCUGCAAAUGGUGAAGUUGCACUUUGCCCUUCAUGUAGCAAUUCAUUGCGUGCAGUCCAGAUUUUUCACAACCCACAACAAAACAAUCGACAAAGACAGUCUUGAAAAACAUGCUCAACUAUUUUCACACCAUUGUGGCAGCGGGGACAGUUUGUAGAGUUCAUCAACCUCUGGUAGUAUAGGUUUGCAUAAGUAGGCAAAAAUUUGUUCAUAGUCCUCCAUGUUGUAAUUUUUAUUUUGGAGGGUAGAUCAAUAUUCCAAAGCCUUUUGUAUAAGUUAGAGUAGGGGUAGAAAUUUCCAUCAGUAGAAAUUCCAUAAUGGUUAUGUAUCAACCAUUUGUAAGCACUUCGGACCGUAUAUUCCCCCGUAGCUUCACCACUCCAAGCGCGAACAUCCUUCUGUGGAACAAGGGGUAAAUGAAUGGCUAGAAUCUACUGAGCAUCAUCAAUAGCAAAGGUAGAAUUGAUUAAAUCCUCCUUCCAAUUAUUUGUUUGCCGGUCUAUUAAAUAUGCCACUCUUUGAAUAGAAUCAUCUUGUAUGGGAUUUUGAA